UGAACAGUCCCAGUUUGGUCACAUUGGCAGUGGAAGAUAUUUUUUUGUUAGCAAUUAAUAAAUUUAAGCGAGCGGAAAGUACGCACGAAUCGCCUGUAAACCAGAAAAAAAGUGACCGCGGAUACUGGCGGCGUGGCGUCCAGUUGGCCUGCAGUAGGCUUUCACAAAAUCUUAUAGAACAGAGCUUUCGAUUCGGCCAAUUUCACCAGCGGGCACAAUUUCAUCACUGCACACGUGUCUAGAGCUUUGCUGGGAAUCGGAAUCCACCUCCGUGGAUUGCGGACAAUCCCGGGGUUGUGCUGGGAAAUGCCCAGCAGCCAGUGGCUGGCAGGAAGAGACUUUUCCGGCGGAAAAGAGAAGGCUGCAUCAGAAGAAGGAGCUGCCGAACAGGGCAACAGGACUUGCCAUGUCUGAAUACUGGCAGCAGUUGACCAACGGCUCCGGAGGAGCAAGGCCAGGCAAUGAAUCACCGGCCGUUGCCUCUUGCAAUGGGGGCCAUGAAGCGCCGACAGUGGGUGGCUCUAACAACGCCCACGGCAAUAACAACUAUGUGAACUUCAAUCAGUUCAUCAUGCAGCACAAUCUGGGCGGCGGAGCAUCAUCCAAUGCUGCAGGAACUAUGCAACAUCCACUGGGCAACAGUAACAGCAACAGCAGCACGAACUACACCUUGGGCGGAGGCGGUGGAGCCUUUGGACUGAAUCCACCAUCAACAGCAACCAACUCUAACAACUUUGCGAAUUUUUAUUCGCAGCCCAUAUUCCCAUCGUAUCAAAAUGGAGAUGGCAUCGCAAUCGAAGCCUUCACUAACAAUUAUGGAUCGGGCAACGCCACCAGCAGUAAUUUUUCGAGUCUUUACACACCGUUUGGCAACAAUCCGUUUGACUUCAGCGCUUCCAAGCUGCAGGCCUCUGCCCCAGAAUUCGUGCCCAAUCUGGCCAAGUUGAGUUUAGAUGAGACUCCGGCAGCCACGACAAACGGUAACAGCACUGCCAGCCAAGAGACUGCCAUAAAUGAGACGAGACCCAGGACACUGCAAGCCGAAGGAGGAGGAUCAGAAAGGGGAGGCAACAACCACCGAUCAAACCACAACUACGAAAGGGACCGAGACAGGGAUUCAGGGAGACCAGGAAGCACGCGUCAGCAGCGACGCUCCGACUACCGCGACGAUCGAGACGAUCGCAGGGAGAGAGAGGACCGAAGGGAAAGGGAGGAUCGCUACGAGCGGAAUGAUCGCAGGAGACCGCAAAAACAGCAACGCUACGACAAUCAUCGCAGCAAUAAACGUAGGGAUGACUGGAAUCGCAACAGGGAUCGCAUCAACGGGUUUCCGCGUGCCGUUGAUGAUCUGGACACGAGUAACGAGAGUGCCCACCCAUCGCCCGAAAAGCAGUCGCAACAGCAGCAAAUCUCUCCCAGGAGAGCUCCACCGCCGCCACCAGCGGAUAAUGAGAAGCUAUCGCAGCGUGAGAAACUGAUACGUGACAUAGAACAGCGCCGACUAGAAUGUCUGGUGUGCGUUGAGGCUAUCAAGGCUCAUCAGCCGACUUGGUCAUGCCAGAACUGUUACCAUGUGCUCCAUCUCAAGUGCACCAUCACUUGGGCGAGCAGUUCGAAGUCUGAGGUGGGCUGGCGUUGUCCUGCCUGCCAGAAUGUGCUCCAAGAGCUGCCCCGAGAGUAUCUCUGCUUUUGUGGCAAGCUAAAGAAUCCGCCGGUGUCGCGGUCGGAAUUGGCACACAGUUGCGGCGAGGUUUGCUGCCGAAUCGAGGGCUGCAGCCACGCCUGCACUUUGCUUUGCCAUCCGGGCCCUUGUCCUCCGUGUCAGGCCAACGUAGUACGCAGCUGUGGCUGCGGACGCAGCUCCAAAACAAUGCAGUGCGCCAUGAAAGAAGAGCUUCUAUGCGGUGAGAUUUGCGACAAGACGCUUAACUGUGGCGAGCAUCGCUGUCAGUCGGAGUGCCACUCGGGCAAGUGUGCCGCGUGUCCUGAGCAGGUUGAGCAGCACUGCCACUGCGGCAAGCAAGAGCGCCAGGUACAGUGCACGCGAGAAAACCAAGACAAGCGCAGCUAUUCCUGUAAGGAGAGUUGCGGCAAGCCGCUUCCCUGUGGCAACCACAAGUGCAAGGAUUCCUGCCAUGCCGGCAGCUGUAGACCUUGUAAGCUUAGUCCGGAACAGAUAACCAGUUGUCCUUGCGGCAAGAUGCCUGUACCAGCUACUCAGCGGUCGAGUUGUUUGGAUCCUGUCCCCACUUGUGAGGGCAUCUGCUCAAGGACGCUACGUUGUGGAAAGCCGGCGCAUCCGCAUCAGUGCGGUAGCAAAUGCCACCUGGGUCAGUGUCCACCAUGUCCCAAACAGACGGCGGUGAAAUGUCGUUGCGGCCACAUGGACCAGAUGAUCAAGUGCCGACAACUAUCCAGCCGGGCGGACGAUGCCCGCUGCAAGCGUCGUUGCACUAAGAAGCGAAGCUGUGGAAAGCACAAGUGUAAUGCUGAGUGCUGCAUCGAUAUAGACCACGCUUGUCCGCUGCCCUGUAACCGAACAUUGAGCUGUGGGAAACACAAGUGCGACCAGCCUUGUCAUCGUGGCAAUUGUCCGCCAUGCUACCGCAGCAGUUUCGAAGAGCUUUACUGCGAGUGUGGCGCUGAAGUGAUCUAUCCGCCAGUGCCUUGUGGUACCAAGAAGCCAGUCUGCAAGCGUCCCUGCUCGCGCUCCCAUCCCUGCGAGCAUCCGCCGCAACACAAUUGCCAUUCGGCGGCCACCUGUCCUCCUUGCAUGAUGUUCACCACGAAGUUUUGCCAUGGCAACCACGAGCAGCGCAAGACCAUUCCCUGCUCGCAGCCCAACUUCAGCUGCGGCCUGGCCUGUGGAAAGCCGUUGCCUUGUGGCCGCCACAAGUGCAUCAAACCAUGUCAUGAAGGCGCUUGCCAGUCAGCCGGCGAGAUCUGUCGCCAGAGUUGCACCAAACCGCGAUCGAACUGUGGUCACAAGUGUGCUGCCGCCUGCCACGAGGGAGCCUGCCCGGAGACACCUUGCAAAGAGGUGGUUGAGGUUCAGUGCGAGUGCGGGCACCGUAAGCAGAACCGCAGUUGCCAGGAGCUGGCCAGGGAGCACAGUCGUAUUGCCACUGCUCAGCUAGCCUCAUCCAUGGCAGAGAUGUCUCGUGGGAAUUAUAUGGAGCUUAGCGAGAUCUUGGCCCCAGCGAAGACCAACAAGUCAAAUAAGACUCUGGAUUGCAACGACGAAUGCCGGUUAUUAGAAAGAAAUCGUCGCCUGGCCGUGGCUCUAUCCUCAGGAAAUUCCGAUACAAAGCAAAAAACCCUAACCAAGUACUCGGAGUUUGUUCGGGGUUUCGCAAAGAGAAACCCUGCGUUGACCAAGAGCGUUUAUGAGACACUGACCGAUCUGGUAAAGCUGGCCAAGGAGAGCAAGCAGCGCUCGAGGAGCCAUUCCUUCCCCACAAUGAACCGCGAGAAGAGGCAGCUGGUGCACGAGUUGUGCGAAAUAUUUGGCAUAGAGUCGGUUUCCUAUGACAAGGAGCCCAAUCGUAAUGUCGUGGCCACGGCCCACAAAGAAAGGUGCUGGCUACCGGCUACGAGCAUCAUGGAGGUGCUGGCCCGCGAGUCCGGACAACGUCGUGUCCCGGUGCCCAGUAACAAUGCCUGGGGCUUAAAGAAAUAGAGCUAAUCCAUCUGGAUAUUUGUAUACAGAGAUAUUCUAUAUGUUUAAUCGUUGGCGCUGGAGAAUAAUACUAUAACAAUUGAGGAAGAGGAUGAAGAAAAGGAGCCUGGAUGAAAUAUUGAUCGAUCCUGCGAGUGGGAAAGAUGGAUACGCUUCGAGGACAAUACACAUGGAUUAUUGCCGUUAUCACGUAUAUUUUGUAAAUUAAAACAAAUGUUAGUUGAACUAUAGAAAGCUAAAUGUUGAAUACUGAAUGGAGUGAAGUGGAUAUGCAGGCACAAAUAUGAAAAACGCUGUUAACCAAUCUGUUGUACGAUGAAUUUAUCACAAAUUGAGUCUUUCUGACAACGUUACUUCAAAAAAAGAAAAAUAUCAGAGAGAUAAAUAAAUGAGAAAAUAGAGCA